GAGAGACGGGGAGAGGGAGAGAGAUGCCAUCCAAAUUACCUACAGGAACAGCCAGCAGAGCUUCUCUCCUGGAUUGCUAAGGCACAGAAGAUCUUACUUCACUCCUACAACAUUUCUGCCUUCUUCCAGAACAGAAAUGUGCACCGACAGCAGUGAUUCCCUCCAUCAGUAACCGAUAUACCCAGACCUUCCACAGCCAGACAGAACAGAUAUAACGCUUUUAGGCUGGCUCCAGAAGACUCAGACUGUGUUUGACUACUACCCUUUUGGAUAAAUAUUUUGGGAUUCAGGAUGAAUAAGACAAGGGCUGUUAAUGAUGUUUUUCAUUUCCUGAUCAGCAAGAACUGGAGUUCAAACCGAAGCUUUCCUAUGAACAUUUCUAAUCAGUGCAUGAACAUCACCGACCUUACUGUCUUUCUAGCCACCUCCUACAGCUUGGAGACUGUUCUGGGCAUUGUGGGAAACAUCUGCCUGAUUGCUGUCAUUGCCAGGCAGAAGGAAAAGGCCAAUGUCACCAAUAUCCUCAUUUCCAACUUAAUAAUUUCAGACUUGUUUAUGUGUCUUGUCUGCCUGCCUUUCACCGUUGUUUACACCAUGAUGGACUACUGGAUAUUUGGAGAAGUCAUGUGCAAAAUGACCUCUUUCACUCAGUGCACAACUGUGACAGUGUCAAUCCUUUCCCUUGUCCUUAUUGCUCUGGAAAGACACCAGCUCAUCAUAAACCCAACUGGCUGGAGGCCAAACACCUCCCAGGCCUACCUAGGAAUUGGAGUGAUCUGGACUUUAGCAUGUCUCAUGUCCCUACCCUUUUUGACCACAUCCAUCUUGUCUAAUGAGUUGUAUGAGCAGCUCUCACACUUCAUGAAUUUUUCUACUGAUAAGGCAAUAUGUAUCAACUCGUGGCCUUCUGAGCAGCACAAACUUAUCUACACUACCAUCUUACUGCUCUUGCAGUAUUGCAUCCCUCUGUUCUUCAUUAUCCUGUGCUACCUGCGCAUCUACUUACGCCUGCAGAAGAGGAAGGACAUGUUUGAGAAGAGCGAGUACAGCAACCGAGCAGUCCAGCUGAGAAGGAUAAACAUUUUGUUAGCAUCCAUGGUUGCUGCUUUUGCUGUUUGCUGGCUACCACUGCAUGUUUUCAACACCAUCGUGGACUGGAAUUACAAAAUCAUUUCGCCUUGCCACCACAACCUGAUCUUCUCAUUGUGCCACCUGGUAGCUAUGGCUUCCACCUGUGUCAACCCUGUUAUCUAUGGUUUCCUGAACAGCAACUUCAAAAAAGAGGUGAAGUCACUGAUUCUGAGCUGCCAGCAUAGUUCAGUCACUGCCUCAAUGGAGGAAUAUGAUCAUUUGCCUUUAUCCACCAUGCAGACUGAAAUUUCCAAGGGGUCACUGAUGUUGAACUGCAGGCACAAUUCUAUCUAAUGAGCAGAAAACAUUUCAGAAGGGUGCACUGACACCACACACCAAUUAUUACCUGUGGGUAUAUAAAGCAACUGGUGAUGCCACAGCUGGAAUGUGAACAGGAGCCCAUCACUUCCUGAUUUUUGGAAGAACAAGCAAAGUUAACAUUGUAAAUGUUCACAGUUGCUGCUGUGGUGCACAAGUUUUUCGUGUCAAUGAGGCGGUACGGACACUGAGGAGCCUGGGCUGAUGUAGAAGCAGCUGCUCUAAGAUCAGUAACUAAACUGUGGCUGCACAGAGGCUGACAUGGGGUUCAUCAGUGAAACUCAUAUCUCUACCAUGGCUGCAGUAGAAAAACAGAGUUCCAGUUUCAGCACUGCAGGCUGCCAAAAGUUGUGUUGGAGAAGACUCUCUCAGUUUUUCAGUAUUAGUAAGAUUUUUAUGCACAGCUGACACACCAGUGGAACAGAGAUAUGUAAAUAUCAAAUUUUUCUUUGCUUUAUCACCUCUCACAACUCAUAAAGUAACAGUAAUCUUUCAGAUCUUCACAUAAAACAACUACCUGUUUCUAUGAAACUUCACUUCUGCCAUAGGCUUGAGAAUAGUCAUUGCCUCUGCAAGGAGGGACAAGGAACAGUGACCCUGGUAUGUAAAGAAGACAGUCACAGAUGAGAGAUGGCAGCAAAUGAAAAUGAUAUUCAAUGGAUUAAACUCAAAAUGCACUGAGAUGAUACUGAGAACUAUUUUUAAGCACAUGAAAAACAGUUGUAGAUCUACAUGGAAAUGAGUCUGGUUGAAUUUCUAGGUCCAGCUGUUGUCAACCACAAAGCUCUGCAAUGCUAGAACUUCAAGCCAUGAUGGUACAAGAUGGCCAGAUUACAGGAGUUGUUCCAGGACUAGGAAGCAACAUGACAUUCUGUUUCAGCGUCUUCUUGGUACUUUAAUUGCAAAGUAUCUAGUUCAGAAGGUCAGAAUGAAUAUGAAAAUCUGUUUGUGGAAAUCAUGUGUUUCCAGAGUGUAUACACUUCCAAAGAAAUAAGCAUACGAGUGGAGAAUUUCAGUUUUCUUAAAAAAUAAAACCUGGUGUCAGAUAUCAGUCCCACUCACCGGCAUCAGCAACAGAGGUAAAGCUGAAAUCUCAGCAAAUCAAUAGAAGGUCAAUGAAAAUACACAGGUGGAAUCCAGGUCAGGCUGAAGCCAAGCCACAUGUAAACAGGUAGCAGUAUCAAUUGUUCUAGUAAAAUGAAGGUCCUAUUUUUUCACAACUGUAUUAUUUGUAGCCUUUGUUCAUGAAACCUACAAAUUAUAAACUCAUUUUAACCUCUGGAGCCAGAGAAAUUGCUCAGUGACAACUGAGAAACCAAGGCAUGCCCAAGAAGGCCAUGCUGAGGUACAGAUUUAAAAAAAAAAACAAACCAAAACAGGUAGCAAGUGCAAAAAGGAGACCACCCAGUUCAAUGCUACUGAAACAUUGAAGCAUGUUCUGUCCUGAUUUGCUAAACUGACCUUAGCAGAAGACUGGACUAGGUGCUCAGCUGAGACAAUUUCCAACAUGAAUUGUGCUAUGAUAAGCAGUUGUUACUUGUUGCAGUCAAUAGGUUUGCAUGGAGCUGAAGAUAUCCAGUGUACAGUUAUGCAAACAACUAGAAAUUCCUUAGUUGGCAGAUCUCUGAUUAGCCACACUGGUAUAAAGAUAGGUGAGGAAUAGUCUUCUUCCCAUGCUGUGACCUGACGGGAAUAUGGAUGCUGAGGACAAGAGCUAAGCCCUCUGUUAUAAGGCAGCAAGAGCUACCAGUAAAUAUGGGAUUAUAUCCCCAGCUGGCAGAAAUAAAAGUUAACCCCUUGCCAUGAGCUGGUGCACAGAUUUCAGUGGUAAAACUUGAAGUUUGCCCUUCAAUUCUUGUGUGCAGAAUGUUACAGAAGAAGCUUUUUUGAUGCAGUAAUUCUGGCCUGAACCUGUAUAUCUUAGAGACUUUGUGUGUGAUUACCUUUUGUAUCUUCCUCAACUAUAUAGCAAGACAUUUUUUCUUUUUUCAAAUGGAUUCCAGCUUUUUUUUUUUUUUCUUUUUUAUUUUUUCCUUUUUUACUUGCUAUGCCUUGCUGAGAAGUUGUUUCUCUUGAUUAGUUUGCAUGCAAUGUGAUUUCUAGACUGGACAUUGAGUCUACUAGAAACACAGAACAAGAGGACUCUUAUUUUAUCUUAGAUGCAUCUUGAAAUUUGCUGCUGUAGCCAAACCCACCAUGGGAUGCUGAGUCGCACAAAAUACAGUAGCUCCUCCUAAUUAGUGUGAGUUAUACCAAAACUGUGCUAUAUAACUUCAGAGCUUAAAUACUGUUUCAGCUUUGUCAUUGUUUUGCAUGUAGAAUCAAUUUAAGUAAUUGAGUAAUCCUGCCUGUUUUUGCACUUGUUAGAGUUCUAGCAUUUAGCUAGCUAAGGUGUCUGUAAAACUAUUGUAAGAAUACUCUGCUAAACACCAACACAGAAAAUUACAUGGUCUUAGGUAUGUAACUUUUCAAGCAUCAGUGUCUUAAAUGGAAACAGAUAUCUUCAGCAUUUGCACUUCCAUGAACCUGUCUUUGUCACCAGUUCUAAGGGAAAACAUUUGGUAAAGCACUUACAGUGUAUCAGAGACCUGCCACUAGAGCUGUGCACUGGCACUGUGCAUCAGAUCCCAGUUCUUCCUGCAAAGGAUAGAAAUAUGAGCGAGAUCUGACACUCUGUUUAACUGUAAUUUAUGUGGCCAUUUGUUUCCAUGAACACAAGUGGAUACGUAAAACAAGCAGAUCCAGCUUUACACUAACACUGACAAACACAAACGGAUGUUAUUUUCUCUUGUGAUUAAGCAAAGUGUCAAGUUUAGAGUCAACUGCUGUUUAUUGCUAACUGACUUUGGACUGGAUAAACCACAGGGUUUAAACACUAAAAUCCACCAAACUGCACCCAUACAUCUAACUGCAAAAAAUCAGAUCCUCAGAUCUCCCAACCAGCAGCAGUCUAUCCAUCUACUUACCAUCCUGACAUACAUGUUUUUCAACCCCUACAAUUUCCUAAGUAACUAAAUAAAAUUUAAAGAAAACCCGGAAAAAUAAAUAUAUGUAGGUACCAAAGGACUGAAUGUGUAACAGGAAAGGUGCCUGUACCAAUUCUUCAUUUUGUGCAUACACCAAGGCUUAUGCUGCUGUGCACAAAUGCAGUAGAGGAUACUGCCCUCUUCGUUUUUAAAAACUGCUGUAGCAACUGUUCUCUGUUCCCUUUGAAGGCAAAGUCACAAGUCUGGGUGCAAUUAUGCCUACAUAUUUGAAAGGGACAUUUUAUUUGUCACUUUGAGGCUUCAUGCAGCCAAGGGUGGCUAGGUUUCUUCAGUACCAGCAGAAGGUAACAGAACAGAGAAAGCUUACACACCUCUUAUCCAUCUGUAAAUAACAGAUACUGUUCAUGUGUAAGAAGCAUUGAGCAUUCUUGUGUUCAUUGUAUACAGUGAUGGUUUUGGGUAUACUCUAAAGUUCUGCUACUGAGUCGCAAAAGCAUUGUUGGAGAAAUAGGCAGGAGAAGUGCAAACCACGAGUUCCUACAAUUUUAAGACCUUACACUGCCUUUUUAAAAAAAAUUUUUUCAUAAUCUUGCCUCUUGUGACACAUUACAAGAAGACAGUAAGGUUUUCAGAGCAAGAGAACAACUUAUUUCUGUGAUAUAAGUAGCACACUACAGGGAAACUUAUAAUAACAAAUAAAGUAAUAUUGUCUGUGUCACUUCUCUGUGCCUGCUUCUGUAAAAUAAUGUAAUAGUCUUCAUAGUAUAAAAUACAUAAGAUUUAGUCCUCAACUAGUGUUUAUCAAGAGAAAACAAAUGUAUGGUGUGAUAAGAGCCACUGAUAUGUGAAGGAUUAAUAAUUUGACACAUUAUUCUGAAGGACAAUGGUACAGUGCAGCCAACAAGGGAGGACAGGCAAGUACCAAAAAUUCAACAUGGAACCUUGGAAUAUUCUGAUGCCAGAACUCAAACCAUCUUCGCAGACUUUUCGGAUUACACAGGAGCUGGGUCCUUCAUGGCACAGUGUCCUGAUCCCUGACCAGAACCACAGCCAGAAAGUAACUCACACUCUGAGAUGAAAACCAGUGUGAGACAUUUAACAGAAUCUUACUGAACUUCAUAAAAUGCUUUGAGUGGGUUAAAAGGAUUGGUAAGUUUCUCUGACCUGGGAUACCUGGCCUGACAGCAAGUAAAUCAAGGUACUGGAAAUGACUGCAGAUUGUGCUGUAAGCAGGUUUGGUUUACUACACUUGCACACUCAAGGGAAGAGUGCAACAGCAGCAUCUGCCUGCACUGGUGGCAUUGGCAUAAACUGCUGCAGUGGUUGGCAGCAGCGUUGUGACAGCCAUCAGUCAUGUCUGCAGGGUAGGUGUGCUGUGUGCAAACACAGAGUGCACACACAGCUGAGGACUGACAGUCUGAGAGAGAUUAUUUAUUGUGAAAUAAGGUGUCAUACCCUGAGGACCACUUCAGAGAUCCUUUUGCUUUGACUCAAGUGUCUUCUCACAAGAUCACCUGGCAUUUCAUUUUACAGUCCAUUCUCUUCAGUUUCUUAUUGAUCAAACUCUGGCCUGGUUUUCAUACCAGUAUUAAUUUCAAUGUAAAUUCAAUGUAAUUCCAAUACUUAGCACAAUGUGUAAUCUGGGUUCAUAUUGUAUGAGCAUCAAAAACCACAGAACUUUUAUGAUCUUCCCUCCCUUUCUCAGUUUGCUCUAUAAAGUCACUUCUUUGAACUCAGGAAGCCAUAAGCCUGAGAUUUAUACUCCUGUACUAUGCUUUUCCUGCCAGACAGUGCUCAUUAGGCCUUAGUCAGAAUUAUUUUGUUGUCCUUCCAAUAAAUGCUUAUAUAAGCCCAGUAGCAGUGCAGAGAUUUUAGGAUGGAAACCUGUGUUGAAAUUUAAUUCCAGAGAGACCUGCCUUUAUUUAUUUAUUUGUUUUCUUUUAUUUUUUUGUUAGAGCUUUAGUUGAUGACACCCACCUCCCCUUUAUAAAACAAUACUCAGUUAAUAGUGCCAUAGUUUCCAUCCCAUAUGAUAGAAAGUAUUUUGUUCAAUAGAAAUUGCAACACAGAUUACCACAUACAAUAAUAAAAAAAUAACCACGAUAUACAUAAAAUGAUGGCAUAAUAUUAAUAUGAAUAAGUACUUUUAGUGGAAUAUCACAAGAUGCAAACUGACAGUAGAGGGAUGGAUUUUCAGUCAAAAGGUAUGCUAACAGAGAGCAUGGAACUUGCACUGUAACUCUUUAAAAUAGGACUAGGUUUUGUUCUUAAAUUCCCAGAUGAAAAAUUCUGUCCUUGAAUAAAGUAACUUCAGUUCAUGAGUUGCUGUGUCCCUUAUGCAGUCUAUGGGAAUAUGAAUUCUCCCAUCGGGAGAGUGGGAGCCAAUGGGCAAAUACUUCAUCAUUCAUAAGUAUUUGUCUUGAUUCCAUUUCUACAAGGUGAUUGCAUGUAAAACACACUUGUCUGAUGCCAUGCCUUUAGUAAGCUAAUGAGCAUUGAUUCAUCUGCUUGAUAGGCUGACUUAAUAACUAAAAUUAAUGACAUGCACCAUAUAUAGCUUUAUAUUAAAGACAGAUUGAAGAAAAGUUCCUGAUGUCCUAAAGACCAAUGUAACCACUUUCUGAAAGACCCCGCAUUCACAGCAGAGAGCUGGAAAACACAGGAGAGCUAUGGUCUUCUCAGCAUGUGUGUUAAACUCAAAGGGAUUCACACAGUCAUGCAGAGACUUCUGUUUAAAUGUACAAACACAAAGACUGCUCCAGGAGCACAACACACAUGUACCCACCCCCAGGGCUAUGUUUUGGGAAGGCUCCCAGGCUAUAAAAAUAGCAGGAGCUGGCUAGCAGUGUGGUUUCUAAAACACUGUGGUAAAGGUUUUUAGAGCUGGUGAAAUGAGCUAAUACCACCAGUCCAUUUUGAAUGCAGCCAGUGCUGCAAUCUCAGGGAAUUGAGGCGCGUGGUCCCGGUUGCGCAAUGGCCUCUCGUAAUAACCCGAAUUUCCACAGGGCACCUCAGAAGCCCAACACGCGUAUGACACAACACACAGGCAUGCACAGCCUCACUCCGGGCAGGCUCAUCUCCCUGAGCAGACAGAAAGGUCCUCUGUUAAACCUACAAGCUGCUAAUACAGUUCCUCUGCCUCAGAAAUAAAUAGCCUGUGGAAGGUGGUUCUUGAUAGGAUGAAUGUGUUUUCCAUGCACUGCCAGGAAAAGCUUCAUGGCGUUGUAGUUGCACUCAGCAUCUGGGUGAGUUGCUUACAGACACCUCUAAAUAAGGAGUAUCUUCUUGUUUGUGGGAAGGAAGCAAGGAAUUACUUGGCUGGAACCAAAAAAGUGUUCUACCUGUAUUCAGAGCAACAGGCAAAGUAUUU